AUGGCAGUUAUUUGUGGAAUAAUGGGAAUACAGAUUUUAUUCAAAGAACAAUUAUGGCCCACUGCCUCUCUUCCACUUUUAAUAUCAAGGAGACCAAGUAGAAAAAACAUCACAAUUAUUGAUUUGUUAAACAUUGAAGAAAAUAAUAUCAGUAUUAUUGGAGAAAGAGAAUUGGAUUAUUGA